GUGAUUGCGUCAUAAAGGAACCGAAGAUGGCUUCACGAUGCGCUUCGGCAGUGCUUAGAUGCGUCAACGCUCAGCUGUCAGUACACACAUUUAUAUGAAAAGGAAGGAAGGGGAAAGAAAUACUGGGAGGAAGGCAGGCGAGCCGUUCAGAUUUAUGUCUCCAGCCAGUUUAUGCUGCACUUGGGUUGUUUAACAGUCAGGGACAAUGGGUUCGACUACAGAAGAAGAAUUUAAAGAGAAAUUGCUAUGGAACGUCAAAAGAGAAGUAAAGCAGAUGAUGGAGGAGGCGGUGACCAAGAAGUUUGUACAUGAAGACAGCAGCCACAUUAUUGCACUUUGCAGCUCCAUUGAGGCUUGCUUAAGCCACCUGUUGAAGCGAAGAGCAGCGGGAUUCCUCCGCAGCGAUAAGAUUGCCGCCCUCUUCACCAAGAUUGGCAAGGUGAACACCACGGCGAGUGAGAUCUGCCGCAAGGUUCAAGAACAGCUACAGCAGCAGGCUGAAAUCACCAGGAGAACCCCGAGCACCGGACAGGAGCCCCUCCGGAGGCAAGGCUCCUCCGUUGGCCAAGGGCCUCAGCCACUCUCUGCACAGGCCAUCAAGCACAUAUGGGUCCGCACGGCCCUCUUUGAUAAAGUCCUGGACACAAUUGUGCAGUAUAUUGUGGAUAAUGCAAGUAAGUAUUAUGAAAAGGAGGCCCUCAUGCAUGACUCAGUGUUUGGCCCUAUACUGGCGGCACUCCUGGCUGGGCCUUGCGCUCUGGAGUACACUAAGCUCAAGACGUUGGAUCAUUUCUGGACAGACCCUUCAGCCAAUGAGCUGGUCCAGCGGCAUCGCAUUCACGGGGCCCACAGGGGCCAAGAAGUGUCGCCGGGCCGCAGACCUGCACUUGGGAUACGAAAGCGUCAGUCCUCUGGAAGCAUGUCUGAGGACAAGUUUGCAGCCUCGGCCAGAGAGUAUGUUGAAUCCCUGCACCAAAACUCACGCGUUCACUUGCUCUACGGAAAAAACAAUGUGCUCGUUCAACCGAAGAAGGACAUGGAGGUGCUGCGUGGUUACCUGUCCCUUCAUCAGACGGCUGAAACACUCACGCUGAAGUGGACGCCCAAUCAGCUAAUCAAUGGAACUCUGGGAGACUGUGACCUGGAGAAGAGUAUCUAUUGGGACUACGCUUUGACUGUGCCUUUAAGACAGAUCGUCUGCAUUCAUUGUCACCAGCGCCUGGACUGUGGGGGUUCGCUGGUGUUAGUAAGUCAGGAUGGGAUCCAGCGGCCUCCUCUGCAUUUCCCUCCUGGGGGUCACCUGCUGGCUUUCCUGUCCUGUUUGGAGACGGGUCUACUGCCCCGGGGUCAGCUUGAACCCCCACUCUGGUCCCAGAAGGGCAAGGGCAAAGUCUUCCCUAAGCUCCGUAAGAGGAACAGUGUGGCCCGUUUAGUGGAUCAGGAUGGAGAUGGAGAGGAACAGGUUGCUGCAGACUAUGUGUUUCGCAUUGUCUAUCCGGGGCACCAUCACGACUCAAUCACUAUAAACUACCACCACACCACGGGCAGUCGUGCGCCCUCUCUGGAUGACGAUGAGGAGGAGGAAGAUAGACUUCAUGCUAUGAUCUCUAUGAUCUGCUCACGGAACCUCACAGAUCCUAAUGUCAUGAAAGACCACGGGGACAUGAUGCAGGAGAUGCAGGGUUUUGGCGGCAGCCCGUUGUCAUGGCAGCAGGGCGAGUGCACCAGUCAUAUGUCAUCUUGUCUGUCCUGCUCCACUGGGGGCAGCAACGCUUCUGUCGAGCUUCCAGCGAGCUGUACCUGCAUGCAUGACCGUAUUCCACUGAAGAUGCUGUGCCAAAAUAUGAAGAGACAGAUUGUGUCUAGAGCAUUUUAUGGCUGGCUGGCCUACUGUCGGCACCUGUCCACUGUGAGGACGCACCUUUCAGCACUGGUCAACCACAACACUAUCCCUCCGGACAAGCCCUGUGAAGCCUCUGGAGGGCUCAGCAAAGAUGUGUGGAGUAAAUAUCAGAAAGACUGUAAGAAUUAUAAGGAGCUGGAGCUGCUGAGGUUGGUUUACUAUGGAGGAGUGGAGCAUGAGAUCAGAAAGGAAGUGUGGCCGUUUCUUCUGGGCCACUACAAGUUUGGGAUGGACAAGAAAGACAUGACUCAGAUCGAUGAGAAGAUCACUGCAAGGUAUCAGCAGGUCAUGCGGGAGUGGAAGGCAUGUGAGGUCAUAGUGAAGCAGCGGGAGAAGGAGAUGCAGUCGGUCAUCUUUGCCAAGUUGUCGUCAGGGAGCAGUAUAGACAGCCACGUCCUCCGACUCAUCCACAGGGACUCCACUAUGAGCAACGAGGUAUUCAUGUCCGUGGAUGAGCCUGACGCGGGGGGUCACAACACCUCAUGUGAUGGCGAAAGUACUCCCACCUUAACCACUGUGGUUACCCCGGCCAUGCUAGCCCCAGACGAGAGGCCGCUGGUGGAGUUUGACUCUCCAGAUUCAGGCCUGCCCUCCUCCCGGAACUACUCCGUAGCGUCUGGACAUUCCCAAAUCAUGUCCAGCAUCGAUGACGGACAGAGCAUGGAGGAGGACACAACACCCACUGGGGUAAUGGAGGAGCAGGGAGGACGGGACUCUCUGAGUGAGGACAAACUCUGCAGUCAGCUGGACAAACUCACAACCACCACGGAGGACACUGCACCAUCCUUCUCCUCUUAUACGAUUGAGUUGUUGGACACAGUGGCGCUGAACUUGCACAGAAUAGACAAAGACGUCCAGCGCUGCGAUCGCAACUACUAUUACUUCACUACCAGCAACCUGGAGAAACUGCGCAACAUCAUGUGCAGUUACGUGUGGGAACAUCUGGAGACUGGCUAUGUGCAAGGCAUGUGUGACCUCCUAGCCCCACUGAUGGUCAUUCUGGAUGAUGAGUGCCUGGCCUACAGCUGUUUCAAUCAGCUAAUGAAAAGGAUGGGCCAGAAUUUCCCUACCGGAGGAGCCAUGGACACUCAUUUUGCCAAUAUGAGGUCACUAAUACAGAUCCUUGACUCAGAGUUGUUUGAGCUCAUGCAUCAGAAUGGAGACUACACCCAUUUCUACUUCUGUUACCGCUGGUUCCUCCUGGACUUCAAAAGAGAGCUGCUCUAUGAGGAUGUGUUUGCAGUGUGGGAGGUCAUCUGGGUCGCCCCUCGCAUCUCCUCCAAGCACUUUGUCCUGUUCAUUGCACUGGCCUUGGUGGAGGUGUACAGGGACAUUAUCCUGGACAACAACAUGGACUUCACUGACAUCAUCAAGUUCUUUAAUGAGAUGGCCGAGCGCCACGACGUGCAGCACAUCCUCCGAAUAGCGCGGGAGCUGGUACACAAGGUGCAGACCCUUAUCGAGAACAAGUGAGAAUAAGAGUAGGCUGCCGCCCACCGAGUCCUGCCUGGCCCAAUCUCCUUCUCUCGUUCCCAACAGCCCAAGGCUUGAGACUGUCCGGGAUCUGCCUCGACGUCUUGACUCUUAAUAUCGUUUGCCUGCCACAGAAUGCCGUUGUGCCAGACCCUGGCGUUGUCUGCAUGCUCGUGGUGUUUGAGCACACUGUGACUGAGGUUUUUUCCUUUCUUGCUGCACACGCCUCCAGCACACACACCGCGCCGAUCAGGUCCUUUCAGAUCUGCUUUUAUAAGAAAUGGGAAGCCUCAUACAGGGCUGACAACCGUUUCCUUUCCCUAAGGGCCACUACAUAUACAGGAAGUAUUCCACUCUUAACAGUGACGAUGGUGUUUCUGAAAAAAAGAAGAUAAAAACCGGUGCCGAGCAGAGUUUUGAAUCCUCAAACGAGGCUGCGUUACGUCAGCUCCCUUAAAUAAUAUCUAAGCCACGAAGAAGUCGUCCAAACAGUGUGUGACCAAAAGGACUGUGCCAAUAACCUUGUACUAGUAUUUAUACGCCUUGUUUUAUUGUUUAGUGUCUCUAUUGCCCCUUUUCUUCCGUAUGAUUCCCUCGAUGUUUCGGUUGAUGGUGAUGAUGAUGGUCUUGGAAUAAAAUUAGUUGACGUUGCCUUUGUAACACGUUUCCCGAUCUGCGUCCAUGCUUUUGCACUUUGAAUCUGUCGCUCUGUGACACCCGUGAUGCUUCGGAGUGGUUAUCAGGGGUCACUUUACUUCCCAUAUUGUCCGGAAAAAGUCUGGAAAGGGUCCAGGCUCUUCCACGGGUCAGAAAACUGCUUCCACGCGAUGAGACCAUGUGAUGAAAUUAAUUUAGCUUGUCACAUUUUAGAUGCUAGUUGGCUUUGUUCACACUGCGUUUUCUGUACACUACUGUUCAAAAAGUUUGGGGUCAGUACAAUUUUUUCAGAUUUAUUCAGCAGUGAUGCAUUCAAUUAAUCAAAAGUUUAUAAUGUUACAAAAUAUUUCUAUCUCCAAUUGAUGCUGUUCUUCUGAACUUUCUAUUAUUUGAAAGAUUCCUGAAAAAAAAAAAAUUAAUCAAGGUGCUUUCAACUUUAAUAAUAAAACUAGAACAGUAAAUCAGUAUAUUAGGAAGAUUUCUGAAGGAUCAUGUGACACUGAAGACUGGAGUAAUGAACGUCAUGGGGAUUAAUUCAUUUUUUAAAACAUAUUCAAAUAGAAUACGGUUAUUUUAAAUUAUAAUAAUAUUUAACAAUAUUACUUUUUAGAAUUUUACUGUAAUAUUCUAAACAUUAAAACAUGUGUUACUGACUUCAAUCUUUUCAACAGUAGUAUACAUCAAUCUCUGUCAUUUUUCCUCAUCCAGUCUUUAUUACUGAUUAUUCACACGUAUCAUUUUGCAACUCUGAUCAUGUCCCAAAGAACUAUUAUAAACUGAUCUGACUUUUCAAAAAUGUGAUUUUCAAUGAGAAAUGUCACUAAAUUAGCUUUUAGCACGUUAUGGCUGUAUGUCAUCAAACGUGUCUCACUGCCCUUGUUAAAGAAUCAUUGCAUGCUAGUUGCACAUUUUUAUUCACUUCCAUACAGUCUUCCUAAUCUUCCAAGUACACCACUGCUGAAAAGUUUGGGAUCAGAACGAUUUUUCUUAUGCUCAUCAAGGCUGCAUUUAUUUGAUCAAAAAUACAGGGAAAAAAUGGAAUAUUGUGUAAUGUUAUGAUGUAAAAUAAUGUUUUCUCUAUUUUAUAGAAAUAUACAUUCAAAUCUAAUUUAUUGCUGUGAUGCAGAGCUGAAUUUUCAGCAUCAUAACUCCAGUCUUCAGUGCCACAUGAUCUUCAGAAAUCAUUCUGAUAUACUGAUUUAUUAUCAGUGCUGGAAACUGUUGUGCUGCCUAAUGUUUUUUUGGAAACUGUGAUACUUUUUCUCAGGAUCCAUUGAUGAAUAAAAAGAGCAAAGAAGAGCAUUUAUUUAAAAUAAGAAUCUUUUCUAACAAUAUACAGUACAGUUGAAAAGUUUGGGGUCAGUACAUUUUUAUUCUUUCUUUUAAAAAAAAAAAUUCAAACUUCUCUUCGGCAAAGAACUGUGAAAUUGUUAUGAAGUGAUAGCAAAGGAUAAUAUCAGAAGAUUAUAUUUCGAAUAAAUGCUGUUCUUUCGAACUUUUUAUUCAUUGAAGAAUAUUAAAAAAAGUAUUGCAAUUUCCAAUAUAUAUAUAUUUAUAUAAUAUAUUUGGCAUCACAACUGUUGCUAACAUUGAUAAUUCUAAUAAAAAAUCAUCAUAUUAGAAUGAUUUCUCAUUUAACACUUUAUACUGCAGUAAUGGCUGAGCUGUGCAUCACAGAAAUACAUUAUUUUUUAAAGGAUAUUAAAAUAGAAACCAUUAUUUUACAUUUAGCAAGAUUACUAUUUUGUAUUUAUUUAUUUUUUUUAUCAAAUAAAUUCAGCCUUAAUGAGCAUGAGAGACUUCUUUAAAAAAAAAAAAAAAAGAAAGAAAGAAAAAAAGAAAAAGAAAAAAAAGCAUGAGAAGUCUUACUGAUCCCAAACAACGGCAGUGUGAUUGAUGCCUAAGGCUGUUCAGAAUGGAAUACUAGCAAACGGAAUGCUUUUUUUUUCACAUGAAUCAAUGUUAUAUUGGAAAUGGACUAAGUCAAGCACAUUGCAUUGUGGGAUAUUAUAAUUCCAUGCAGUUUGCUGAUAUAAGCUACACAUUUGGUCAUCAAGGUAUUUCUCGCAUACAGACAGUUCACACAUUAGUAUGCAUAACAUAUACUGCAAAAGUAGUAUGCUAGUAUCCUAUUCCAAACAGCCUAAAAUCCCCCAAAACAAAAACCAACUGUAUUUUAUUCUAACAGUUGACAGAGAUGAUGAGAGAAGUGGUCUUAUGAUGUGACUAUUGGUCAAAUCUUGCCAAUUCCUUUUGUUCUUGGUUCUGAUUGAAUGUGUGCGAGGGAUGUUUUAGCCCUUAUGACAGGAGCUCGUGUACCAAAGCCUCUAAAACAUCUUCAUCCUUGACAUUCAGAUGUUCAGCGUUAAUCCAUUUCUCGAAGACUGUUGAUUAGGUGUAUAAAAGACAAAUCAUUUCUUUCCAUUUCUACUGUGAGACAUUAAUUCUCUUUCCAUGUGCAUUAUUGCACUGUAAAUAAAGAGAAAAGCCCUGGAUUUCUACGAGGACAUUACUGUCAGCUGUAUUUUUUACUUUGGUUUUAGAGACUGUGCUUGGAGAGCUGUACAAACUGAAUGUGGGAAACCUUUGUUAUGUGUUAUGUCCUUUAUCAACGUUGUGCACUGAUUUCUAAUCCUUUCAAACAUAUAUGUAUAGUUUUGUUUGGACGCCAACAUCAGAAUGAAGUAUGCAUUGUAAUGGAUGUAUCAUUGAAUGUACAUGUAUUAUGGAAAAAAAGUUGUUACUAAAGAUUAAAACAUUUUCAUAUGCAGAA